AUUAGAGAACUGCUCUUGCUGAAAUUAUGAUAGUUAAGAUUCCUAAGAACUUGACAAUGCUCCCCUGGCUUGCAGGAAAUUAUACUUAUUAUAGCAUCACCAAGUUUAGAAAUCAUCACUAAUUUUCACCCUCUGUUGUCUCUUCAUAUUCUUCUUCCUUUUCCUAAAUGAAAUUAUAUUAUUUCAACUACUAAAACUUCCCGCCACCCUGCUAUUUCUCUUCCAAUUACUGUUCAAACAUUUUUGGUGAGUGCUGCUUUUAGAAGUAUGUGAUGUCACAUAUUUCAGUGACAGCUGAUGUUAUCAGAAAAAUCCUGUGUUACCCUGUGUAUUUACUAGUCCUCAUGAUCUAGACUUAACCCCUUUUCUGUGUUACAGAGUAACUUCACAUAAAAGCAGAUACCUUUAAGUUUGUGUAGACUUUUGAAUAAGAUGAUAGACGAGAAUUUUUUUUAAAAAAGGAAUUUAAAGGAAUCUUGUGCAACUUCUGUUGAUAACUCUUAAUUUUGUUAUACAGUCUUUUUAAUAAGGAUUGGUAGGGCAAUCCUACCAAUUGAUGGGGGUGAGGAGACUGUUGGGCCCUUAUUCUCUUAUGAAAAUCUGUUUCUACAAGGACUAGGCCUAAGUAGAUUUAGGCAACGGGUAUCAUAUCCAUGAAAAAUGUCAUUUUAAGACACUAAUAUCAACAGUAUAUCUCAGUGUGUGAGAUAUAUAAAUACACACACACAUACACCCCAUGUGCUUUUUUGUUGGUUUAGUGUAAACUGAGUACCACUUUAUAUUUUCUCUUCCAUAAUGAGAUGUAUGCAGUAUGUGGCCAUGUUUACUAACAUACUCAUUCUUCACAAAAUUCUGAGAUUAUAAAAUGUAUAUAGUUAAUAUUUGUGUGAGCUUGUGACCUGACUUCUAAGAGCUACUUCUAACACAGCCUUAGGUCUUCAAUUAACAAAGUAGGAAGUUGAGCACAACCUUGUCUGCAGCCAUUUUAAAUAUCCACUUAGCCCUGUGUAGUUGGUAGGUGGACACCACUUUCAUAAGUGAACUUGAGCUCACUACUCAAUUUUGCAGCUUAAUAUGCUGACUAGGGACAUUCCCCUAUGGAUUAUCUUUAUAUCACUGUCUUUCUAAGCCCAGAGAUGUCAUAAGUGACAAGAAAAGUGAUAGGAUCAAGAAAUGGGUGUCACUGCUUCAUUUGGAACAUGUUAUUAACUAUGGUCUCUUUCAAAUAAAAUAGUAGUUUUAUAUUUCAACACAAGUUGCUAUAAGCAGUCCUUGAUGUGUUUUUGAUUGCAUCAGCUGGAAAGCCUCAAAUCUAAGAGGGCUUCCCAUCCUAGAUAUAAAAUAGGUGUUGCCUAUUGCUGUGCUUAUAAAAUGAAAAAGGAAGUUGAGGACACUUUUGCAAAUGCCAGAAUGUAAGAUUCAUUCAGUGUGCUCCCUGGGCCUUUAUGGCAUGGGUUGACAGGAUUUGUUUAUUUUCUAAAAUUAGCUUCAUUCAAUAUUUAUCAUCCUCCUUUCCCUCUCUGAGAAUGAACUAUGUAUAAAACAAGCUUCUGCCUAUUUGCAUUUAUCCUCCAAACCCAAUCUAGUAGGAUGUUCUCAUUUUAAAAAUGAGGGGAAAAGACCAGAGUUUUUCAGGAGAAAACUGGAGGAAAAUGGGCACAAAAACUCAGAAGGCAGCUAUUCCCAGCAGCUUCCUAGUUAACAACCCCCAUGCUGCCUCCAGUCUUUGUCUGUAUUCUUCUGUAUUUAACCUUCAGAUUGUAAGCCUUUUCUGGCAAGCUUUUCUUCUUUUUUUAAACUCUUUUCCUGAAACUUUUUAUGAAUGGCUAUGGCACCAUUAAUGCUGCUGAAUAUCUUUAAACUCUGCACAGGCAAGUGUGUAGCUUAAGGCCACUACUGGUAAGGAAACCAAGUGUGUCCUCUGUGCCUUUUUUCUUUCUGUGAAGUAAUUUAAGAAUAUCCAAAAAAAUUAGACUUUAAAAAGUUAUCUUGGUACAACACCGUGUGUAUAUACACUUGGAAGCUUAAAAAGGUGUUUUGUCUGGACCUUAGAAGCAGCUCUAAAUCUAGUAGAGCAGACUUUCUAACAUACCUAGUUUCGUGUAUUGGCUUUGCUGGAGUAUGAUAGCAAAAUGAAGACUCUACUCAGCUCUGGUAUUGCUCAUAACUUACCAAGAGGCUAAUACUAAACUUGGAAAAUUGUUUAAGUAUGUUUUAUCAAGCAGUCUGGGUUUUGUUUUUUAAUAUACUUUUUAAUGGAUAUGUGAAAACUGAAGGAAACGUUAAAGGUUUUUUAAUGGUGCAAGUGAAGGUGCCAGUUGCUAUUAGAUAUCACACUCUACAAAAGCUUCAUUACUUUAUUUGAUGGUGGUUGCUAAGCAGCCAUUGCACAGAGCAUAAGUCUACUGGGUGCCUUUACAUGCCAGAGGCUGGUGCUGCACUGUUGAUGUCAUGUGAGGAAAUAAUGCACAUGCUCUAACUGCUCAACAGGAAAUGAACCUAGAAACAGAAAAUGAAAAGGUUGAUUGAAAUAAAACUUGAUCAACGCGACUGUAUUUUGAAACAUUCCAGGAAGGUUACUUCUUGUCAAACUUGCCUGGCAGUGUUUGUUCAAAACUUGUAUUUAAUAAAUGAACAUCUGACUUACAACCUUUGUUAUCACUUUAUUCCAGUAUUAAAAGCUAGUGGCAGUUUCAGAAAUCCCCCUGAAAACUUAGAGGAUUCUGACGUUUCACUUUUUUUUUAGGUAAGUAACAUCAAAUAUGUGUGACCUGGCUGACCCAGCCUGCCUUACCAGGCCUCUGGAGGGGACCCUGGGGUUACCCUCAGGAGAUGAAUCUCACAGUAUGGUUUUCCUAACCAGCUCUCUUUUGGCUUCACUGUUUUUCUUUAUCUGGCCUGAACCCCAGGUCUUUGUAAUCAGUUGCUGUUAUCUUCCCCUUUCUUGCUCCUUGUUUCCAUACCCCUGCCAUGCAAGACGUCAGCCUAGAUUAACUCAGCCAUUCCCCUCUGCUGUAAUAUCCAAACUGCAGACCAUUGUUGGAGGAAAAACACAAUUUUUAGAAUGGUACAACCACAAACUUAUCUCUAACGUUGCCCAACAACCCUUCUGUGUGUCCUUCAGCUAUUCCAAACUUUGGCUUCCUUUCUCAAAUUCCUUCCCAUUCCCCCCUCCCAUUUACCCCUCACAAUCCGAUGACUUUGCCUUCAUUUUGCUGGGAAGAUAAAGACUUCAGAGACUGUGAAGACUUUCAGACCUCUCUCCCAUAAUCACAUCUGUGGAAAAGGCCCCAUAGAUCCCUGGCUAGUUCUCUUUUCCUGCCUCAUCAGGGCUUUUGUCAAUAUCCCUUUUUAUCAGGCAGGAUGGCCUGUGCCUGUAAUCCCAGAGCUAAGCAAGAGGCUGAAGUGGGAUGAUCUCUUGAGGCCAGGAGUUUCAGACCAGCCUGGGCAAUGUGGCAAGACCCCGUCUCUAAAUAAAUAAAUGACUGCCUCUUCUCUGUCUUCAAUUUCUCCCGAGUUCCACAUCCCCCUUUGGUUUUCUGACUUGUAAUCCUUUACAGCCAUAUUUCUUCACCGUUCACCCUGGAUCCUAUCCUAAUUUUUUGAAAAGGCGCUAAUGAGUUAAAGAUUGCCAUAUUGCUAAAUUAACUUUCCCAUCCUUAAUUUGACUUUUCUGCAGUAUCUAGGGCAGCAGAAUCACUCCUUCAUUGAAAAGUUCUUAGUUCCUUGAUAACACUUCUAAUUUUUCUUUCCAUCUCUCUAACCAUUCCAAAAAUCGGAGAUUUACUUCUGCUCAGACUUCCCCAGGUUACAUUACUUAUAGUUCUGUUCCUCUCAUCAGAUGCCACUUCCCUACAUACAUCUUUUCCUCCUCAUAUUAAACUAUGAAGUUUCAGCCCUCUGUAGUAUACAGCUGUUCUCUUACACAUCGGCUCAAGGAUCUUUUCUAGGAAGUAUGCUGAAAUCAGCACCAUGCCUAAUCUGAUGGAAUGCCCCCUCUCUGAGUAUACAUUGCAACUUCAGAUCUCAACUCUGCCACUUCCAAACUGUGUGGCCAUUUUUCAAGCCCAGUCUCAAUGGGGACAAUGCCUUACAGGCUUUCUUUAAAUUCCAAAAUGCCUGGCAUAGUGUGGGCGUUCAAUACAGGUGAUUUUUUUCCUCACAUCUGCACAGCUCCUUGUGGUUAACUAGGGAAUUAGGGGAAAUGGAUUCCAAUCGUGAUACAGCACUUUGGGGAGAUUGGGAUUACAAAAAAUCAACUUUAAAAGGGCUAUGGGGCCAGGCGCGGUGAUUCACGCCUGUAAUCCCAGCACCAAGGCGGGCGGAUCACUUGAAGCUAGGAGUUCGAGAUCAGCCUGGCCAACAUGGUGAAACACCGUCUCUACUAAAAGUACAAAAAUUAGCCAAGCGUGGUGGCGGGCGCCUGUAGUCCCAUCUACUCGGGAGACUGAGGCACAACAAUCGCUGGAACCCGGGGGACGGAGGUUGCAGUGAGCCGAAGUCGUGCCACUGCACUUCAGCCUGGGCGACAGAGCGAGACUGUCUCAAAUAAAAAGGGCUAUGGGUUGAGCCUGGUGACAGGCUGUGUGGUGAUGGCUCGGCCCCUAACUUUCUAUGUUUGGCCUUGGACCUUCUCUACCUCUGUACAACGAUCGUGUUGGACUAGAAGAAUCUCAGCGAAUCCUUCUCCAGUACUGACUUCAAAGGUUCUCAGAAUCGCAGCGAAAGCACCCUACGCAAAAUAGCGGAGGUCGGCGCCAAGAAAAGCACUGCAGGUUCAGGGCGCAUGCGCAUUUCCGCUCCUUGCCGGUUUUCCGGACCUCUACGAGUGGCUGCCCCACAAAAUGCCUGCUUCUCUGCGGAAUCCUACUGUUCUUCACAUGCUCUCUAAUACCAUCUUUUCAUAUGCACUUUCUCUUCCAUGUUGAAAAAUUAAAUUGACAGACUAGACUCUGCAAAGAUCUUUGGACAUUUAAGUAUCUUCGACCGGCGCGAAAAGAGGCGGCCUGACCUUGGAAGUGGGACGGGGUCCUGCAGCGGGUCCUUCCGGCGGGUGACAUUCAGCCGGCGGUUCGGGGCGACGGACUCUCCAUCCCAGAACCAUGGCCCAAUUUGUCCGUAACCUUGUGGAGAAGACCCCGGCGCUGGUGAACGCUGCUGUGACUUACUCGAAGCCUCGAUUGGCCACAUUUUGGUACUACGCCAAGGUUGAGCUGGUUCCUCCCACCCCUGCUGAGAUCCCUAGAGCUAUUCAGAGCCUGAAAAAAAUAGUCAAUAGUGCUCAGACUGGUAGCUUCAAACAGCUCACAGUUAAGGAAGCUGUGCUGAAUGGUUUGGUGGCCACUGAGGUGUUGAUGUGGUUUUAUGUCGGAGAGAUUAUAGGCAAGCGUGGCAUCAUUGGCUAUGAUGUUUGAAGACCAAUCUUUAACAUCUGAUUAUAUUUGAUUUAUUAUUUGAGUGUUGUUGGACCAUGUGUGAUCAGACUGCUAUCUGAAUAAAAUAAGAUUUGUCAAAA